CCUUCUCUUCUCUGCAAUAUUCUUCUCUUUCAUUUUCCUCCAAAUCGUGAUCUGCAAUAAUCUAAUUUCUUCCAUUAUAAAAAGAUAACAAGAAUUCACACACACACACACACACAUAAAACACACACAUACAUAUAUUCCACACAACAAAAUAAUUAAUUCUGCAAAUCAAACCUACAAAAAAAAUGGCCAUGAUCAUGAAAAGUAGCACUCCUCCGCCCGACGAAACCGAAGCGCCUCCGAAAAUAUCAGAGAAGCAGCAAUUCAGCCAUUUCAGCCACCGCCACCCCUUGGAGCUAUCGGAGGUCCAUGAAGAGGACCACGCCAUCUGCUCCGGCUGCGAGCAUGACAUCAUCUCCGGCUCGGCCUACAUCUGCGCAAAACCCAAAUGCAACUUUCUCCUCCACGACCUCUGCUUCGACCUCCCCCGCCGGAUCCGCCACCGUUGCCACCCCAAGCACCCCCUCAGCCUCUUCAUCGCGCCGCCGUACUCCGACCGUGAGUUCACCUGCGACGCCUGCGGCGAAUCCGGCCAUGGGUUUACUUACCACUGCGGAUCCUGCAAGUUUGACCUACACGUUGAGUGUGCUGCUUUGCCGGAAACCGAGAAUCGGCCGGACCACCAGCACCCUUUGAUCUUGGUGGGAGGUUUUGAUCCGGAGAAAAUGGUUGACGGUGUAGAUUCUGUUUGUUAUGUUUGCGGUGGUCCGAUGGCGGAGGGUCGUUGGAUUUAUUCUUGUUUGGCUUGUAAAUGCGGCGCCCAUUUGGACUGUGCUACCGCCUGAUUCUGGGAUUAAAAGUGGUGCAUGCUUUUAUUUGCACUGUUUUUUUUUUUAAUUUUAAUUUGCUAAUUAAUUGUGGAAUUGAGAUUUUGAGUUUGGAGAGACAAGGGAGAUUGUUUACUCUUGGAU